AUGUCUGGAUCCCCAAAGGUAUAUAAUCUCGGUAUCUCUCCACUCCGAGUUCUCUUUUUCUUUGCUUCUGCAAGUUUCCAAGUUCUCGCUUUCCUUGUCGACCUCGUCGACAUGGUUGGUGUUCCUCCCCCUCGCGGGGCGCGUCUCGCCCAGCCCAUGCUGGUCAUGGCUGAGGCUCCUGACCGGGAGACAACUUCUCUCGGUCAGGCACCGUCUUCUCCGGGGCCACGCCCUGCCCAGCCUACGCAGGCCAGGGUGGUGGUCCCUCUUAUUGAACCUGCCGUGCAGGCACGACAGGUUCCGAUCUUCCCUGCCCCGCCUGCAGUGCAGGCUCCCCUCGUCGCCCCUGUCAACCCUCAAUUUGACAGGGAUCAUAUCGUUGAGCUUGCUCAACGAUAUUCGGCGGGGGGGGUCUGCGGUGUAUGGCUGCGUGGCUCGGAGGCCAGCAGUCCUUCAUUCGAGCUGCUUUGGUGGGGAGUCUCCCUCCUCGAAACGGAGCUCACUCUGGUCUCGGACCGAGACACUGCCUGGCCAUCGAUCGUCAGGUCGUGGCCACCCCGGCUUUAUCUGGGUGGCAGUCUGGGUCUUGCCAAACCCAGCAGAGCCGAGCCUUCCGUUGGCGGAAUGCACCAGCUGACAGAUGAGGAGUGGACGUGGCAGCAGCGCAUCCUGAGGGGUCACUUGGGAGGGUGGUAG